AUGAAAAAGAAAUCUUCAGGACAGAAGAAGAGGGAUAAGGAAAAGGGUCAACAAGUUGAUUCCAGUGAUGUUAUUCAAUUCCAUAUUGAAGAUAAAGCAGAUAAAACGAAGAAAAAAGGAAAAUUGGUGAGGAAGAAGAAAAGAAAUACCGGACAAAAUGAAGCUGAAAGUGCCCAGAUUGAUGGACUUCAUAGUGAGGUAAAAGAAGGCUUUGGUGAACAAAAUGGUGCAUAUACAGAAGGAGAAAAUAAAGAUAGCAAAUUGAACAAAAAGAGGAGAAAAACUGAGAAGUUGAAAAAAGCCAGAAGUGGCAAAUCUGUUGAGCUCGACAGCAUCAGUGAAGAUGACUUCAAAGAAGAGAAAGGUAAGUCAAGAAAAGCUUGUAAGAAGGACCGUGUAACAUCAGGGAAAGAACAUAAAUCACAAGAAAAGAAGAUAGAAGCUGAACAAAUUGAAGUUUAUGAGCUAUCUUCAGGUGACGAGGACUACUCUAGAGGAAUGAAAAAGUGGAUUACAGAAUACCAUCAAAGUAGACCAGGUUUAAAAAUGUUGCAGCAACAGAUUGAUGAUUUUAUAACUGCUUAUGAGGAAAAAGAGGAGCAGGCAAGGAGAGAAAGAGAAGCUCUUGCUGCUGAAGGGGGAUGGACUGUUGUUAUACACCAUAAGGGUCGGAAAAAGACCACCGACACAGAAACUGGGGUAACCGUGGGUUCAGUUGCCCAGGCAGUGGUCCUGGAAAAUAUGGCCAAAAAGAAAAACAAAGGAGUUGGGUUAGAUUUCUACCGGUUUCAGAAAAGGGAGGUUCAGAAGAAUGGUAUGCCAAAUGUCUUGCUCAUAAUCAGUUUCUUUUCCUAUGAAGUGCUGUUGGUGGAUAUCUUGAUUGAAAGGAACAUGCUCUCGUUUCUUCUGACUAAAAGCUUACCAAGGUUGAUAUUUUCUUACUUCAAUCUAGAAAUGCUUAUUCUAGGAUACUGUGAAACAAGCAAAUCUUCACUGAAGUCUACAGGUUCUCGUGUGACGUGGGAUCAUAUCAUCUAA